AAGCCUGUUGUAAAGUUGAAAAACUGAAAUUAAUAUUCAUGAUAAUUUUUUUUGACAUUCAAGUUGUUUUCAUUGGACAACCUUUUAUUACUUGUAUAACAAGUUAUUGCAAAGGGAUUCUCAUUUUGUGCGCCACAUCCCCUGGUGUACUGAGAAACACAGGUGUCGUUUUAUGGGCUGAUUGAAAUCGGGGUAAACUGCAUGACCUGAGAUUAUUUGUGGAUCCUGAAAUCAAAAAUAAGCUAUGCAACCGUUCUACUUUCUGAUUCAAUUCUUCUUGUGCUUCAAACACGUCCUUGGCAAAUCUCAUUGCGUUGGCACCUGUUAUUCCGGACGACUUUUCCCAGAGCCCCAAGACACCUUCCAUGGAAAACAUCUCAAGGGAUACUCCUACAACAACAUCACCACUGAUGAUCCAGCCAAGUGCUACUCAUCUUGUUUCCAAGAUUGCCGCUGUAAGGCGUGCCAGAUGAAAGAUGCAAGAUGUGAGCUGCUGGACGAGGACAAGACAUCCAAAUCUGGCGACUUUGUGCCUCAAUCAGGAUACGUGUACUUUGAUCUCAGACAAACCAUGUUUCACGUGGAAUCACACAUGGUUCCCGUAGCACAAGGUGUCUGCUACAACGGGUGCUGCCGAUCCAAUCCCUGCAUCAAUGGAGCAAAAUGUAUCGAAUUAUGCAAAGAUCCGAAAGUGAAAUUCAAAUGUCAAUGUCCAAAUAGUCGUACAGGAAAAGUCUGCCAGAAAACGAUCUCUUCUUGUAAAGAUGUCCUGGCGUCUUCAAAUUCCUUACCGGUUAAUGGUGUGUACAGUAUAACUCGUAAGGACACCAGGGCUGUUGUCCAAGUCUACUGCGCAUUCACGGCUCCAAAUCAGGCCUGGACAUUGAUUGAAUCGUUUUCUUUAGAUAUGAAUAGGAUGUCCUUGUCCAUGGCAUACUAUAACAAAGCCUUUAACCAAGAUUGGGCAAGAAACCAGCACUCCCACAACUGGAAAGACUUCCGUAUGUCUCUUGCAGAUAUGAAAUACUUCCGAUCUGAUUCAUCAAUGUUUCGUGCGACGUGUGAUUUCCCAAACAAAGAUAUCGACCUUACACCUGAUUAUAUGAUCGGCAAUUUGAGUGCUUACGAUCCAAUUGGCAAUCCAGAUGCAACGGGAAAAUGUUUUCUGAUUACUUAUGUAAAUAUAAGAGGGUACGAAUUCCUCAACGUUCAAACACCAAUGUGGAGUGUCGUAAAUACCUUUCAUCCUCACGUUGCUUGUGGCGACCCCACACUUUGCGCAGCGCCGUCUUUUCCUGUGAAGGAGUCCGUCGCCAGCGAGGACUGCUUUGGCUUUUACGGAGCUUCUAAUACAAAAUCAAAAUGUACUGCAACGAAGGAAUCUACCACACAGUGGUGGCUUGGAGACACAGUGUAAAUUCUCGUUAACUCAGCUUUAUUUCUUUUGAUGGUUAAUACAAGAGAAGUAAUAAAAACUGCAAAACCCCAGUCUACCACACAGUGGUGGUUAGGAGAAGAGAAAUAAUCAAAAUACACUGCAACACGCCAGUCUACCACACAGUGGUGGUAAGGAGACGCGAAAUAAUCAAAAUACACUGCAACACCCCAAUCUACCACACAGUGGUGGUUAGGAGAAGAGAAAUAAUCGAAAUACACUGCAACACCCCAGUCUACCACACAGUGGUGGUUAAGACACAAGAAAUAAUCGAAAUACACUGCAACACCCCAGUCUACCAUACAGUGGUGGUUAAGACACAAGAAAAAAUCAAAAUACACUGCAACACGCCAGUCUACCAGACAGUGGUGGUUAGGAGAAGAGAAAUAAUCAAAAUAUACUGCAACACCCCAGUCUACCACACAGUGGUGGUUGAGAGAAAAAAUAAAUAACACUGCAACACCCCAGUCUACCACACAGUGAUGGUUAGGAGAAAAGAAAUAAUCAAAAUACACUGCAACACUCCAGUCUAUCACACAGUGGUGGUUAGGAGAAGAGAAAUAAUCAAAAUACACUGCAACACCCCAGUCUACCACACAGUGGUGGUUAGGAGAAGAGAAAUAAUCAAA